UCUCUCUCUCAGGAACAAAGCAAAGCCUCGCAGUGCUUGUUUCUCUUUCAUCCCUUUCUCACUCUUAACAGACCCACCUCUAUCUCUCUCCCUGAAACUGCCAUCUUCCUCUUCUCCGGCCACGUUUUGAGACUUCCGGUAGCAGUUAAGGUAACGAGAGUGUUGUGGUGUGUUGUACUGACGUUUCAUUCGCCGAAGAAUUUAAGCACUGUGGUUGCAUAGUGCUUAGUUGUGAGCGAGUUCACACGUUUCAGCUAUGGGGAAUGCUUGUUGUGUUGCUGCUCGAGACAAAAUGGUGGUGCCUAAUUCAUCAGCUGGUGAGAAUUUGCAGAGGAGCAAUGUCAGGCAUUCUCCAACUUGGAGUUUCCGGUGGGAUAAUAGAGGACGUGUAGCUGGCGAAGAAGCCUCUCUCAGUUGGUUGUCUGAUGGGAUUAGUCGGGCCGAUGGGUCGGAGAUCAAAUUUGAAUCUGCAUUUGUUUCAUCCGAAGGGUCUCCUUUGGACAGUUCUCGGUCACAGACUUUGCAGAAAUCUCCGGCCUCAGAUCUAUCUUUUCCAAGAAAUUCUUCCAUGGAUACAGUCUUCGAACAGAAAGAAAAUGAUUUUACAGAAUCUGCUGCACCAUCAUAUCCAUCUCCUGCACAAUUGUCUCUUUCUCUGGCUUCACAACCAUCUUCUUUCCCAACCUCACCGCUUCCGUCCCAGAGCUACUUGCACUCUGCAAGUUCAUCGACACAGAAACUGACACAGCGCCCUCGUCUAUCAAAGCAAGUCUCAGAUGGUCAAAUCUAUGGACUGAACUUACUAAGUAGAAGCUCAGCAACUGAAGUGAAGCAGGGAACUCCUCUGAGAUAUGAUUCUUCUCAGUGUGGACCAUCUGAAGGUUGGUCACUGCAAGCUUUUUCUGAAAUGAUGUCCUCUUCUCGCGGCAAUGAGCCUUUUGCUUAUGAUAAUGAUUGCUUUGGGCUUCAAUCUGACAAGAUAGACCAUUAUGGCAAUCGAAUGUCCAAGCCUCAGCAGCAAACCUGUGGUGCUUGCUCUAGACCCUUGUCAGAGAAAUCCUUGUGGAGCAGCCAAAAGAUAUUUAUGACCAACGAGCUCUCUGUGUCUGCAAUUCUAGCUUGUGGGCAUGUCUAUCAUGGUGAGUGUUUAGAGCAGAUGACGCUGGAAAUCGAUAAAUUCGACCCUUCAUGCCCAAUUUGUACAUUGGGUGAGAAAAAAACGGCGAAGCUGUCAGAGAAAGCGAUAAAAGUGGAGAUGGAUUUGAAAGCUAGACACAACAAAAGACUCAGAAAUCGAGUUUUGGACAGUGAAUUUGAUUGCGAUGAUUUUGUAAUGUUUGAUCAUAGCCACAGGGCAGCAGCAGCAGCAAGCAAGAGCCCUAAAUUGGCCUCGAGUUCGAGCGUCAAAAGCUAUUCCGCAAAGCCUUUCUUGGCUAGACAUUUCUCUUUUGGGUCCAGAGGUAGCAGUAAAUCCACUAGAGAGAACCUUCCUGUAAAAAAGAAAGGCUUCUUCUGGACCAAAUCCAGCAAAAUAUGAACUUAUUCUGCGUUGCUCUGUACUGUCUGGAGCAUAGAACUCGAUACACUCGGACACCGUACCAUUCAGUUAAGACUGGCUACUUGUUGUUACACACUUUCCUCAUUGGCUUGGCUUUUCUUUUAUUGAUUUCUAAAUUUUCACACAUGUAAAGUUACAAAUUUAGAAUACAACAUUGGAUCAUUGGUCUAUUAAUUAUUCUGGCUGUGCAUAGAUAAGAAUUGGACUCUAACGGCAAGCGAUUGGCUAUUGUUUGUACUACAACAUCUACCUACUUGACCUCACUCAAAAUUCUUUCUGUGAAUAUCGACUUGUUUCUCCUUUUUA